AUGGUAUUUAUGCAAUUCGAGCAAUUAGAUGCUAAUACUCGAAUAGAAUUACAUAACAAGUCUAUUGAUACUGGAAUGGGGCUUGAACGUAUUAGUGCGGUUAUGCAAAAUGUUCACGAUAAUUACGAGAUAGAUUUAUUUAAAGAAAUAAUUGACUAUACCGAACACAUAGUAAAAGUAAAGGCUGAAGGGAACGCACAGUUCUCGUAUCGGGUUAUUGCUGAUCAUUUACGUGCAUGCGCUUUUUUAAUUAGCGAUGGUAUUAUACCGUCAAAUGAAGGCAGAGGAUAUGUACUCAGACGCAUCAUGCGUCGAAGUAUAAGACAUGCUCACAUACUUGGCAGUACUGAACCUUUAAUGCAUAGAUUACUGCCAAAAUUAGUAGAGCUUAUGGGCAAUGCUUAUCCUGAACUAAAAAGAGCAGAAGAUUUUAUUAGUAAUAUUUUAGAGCAAGAAGAAUUACGCUUUAAAUUGACGUUAGAACGCGGCUUAAAAUUACUCGAUGAAGAACUUACCCACGCGCAGCCUAACUCUUGUCUAUCUGGUGAAGUAGCUUUCAAAUUAUAUGAUACAUAUGGGUUCCCUAUUGAUUUAACUGAAGAAAUAUUAAAAAAUAAGCAAGUCUCAAUUGAGCUUGAGAGCUUUAAUAAUAAGAUGCAAGAACAAAAAGAAAGAGCACGAAAAUCCUGGAAAGGCUCCAAUGAAGCAAAAACAGAUACAAUUGGGUUUAAGCUUCACGCUACCUUUGGUAGUACUGAAUUUUUAGGCUAUGCUCUAAAUCAGCGAUAA